UAUCGACUUACAUACACUAUAUUACAUACAUACGUACAUAUACAUAUUUUGGAUGCAACAGGACAAUCCGUGCACCAACGCUUAACCCAGGACCCAGGAAGCUUAACUAGCCCACAAAUCAACCCGCGCACCACAGCAUUAUCCCCCAAUCGGACUCCAAAAAAAUCCCUCCUGACCCGUUGUGCUCCAGUCAUCCGGCAGACAGCAUACGAACAAUAAUGCCGAGAUCUCUUGAAGGGAGUCUUACUCUCUCCGAACUAGACGACUGAAAAAUGAGAAAAUCCGAGUAACCUCAAUUUCCAUUUUGGACGAUGCAUCAUGACUCAGCAACAAAUCUGUGACAACACUAAACUAUACAGAGUAUAUACCUACCCUUUUGGUGUCCGAGAUUCGACGCAAGGGCAAUUGCAUGAAAUAGACUUUACGCUGGUUGAAGGUGAUGUGGAUACGCGGAGCGCUCCAUACCGCAUACUAUCAGUUCCCUCAUCCGGGUCACUGGAACUGCAACUCUUGCUCGGUUAUGCCGUCGGUUCCGAUACAUAUGAAUGGAAUGAUCCAGUCGAAAGAGAAGUCGCCUCUUAGAGAGGUGAUAAAAUUUAACUAUUACAAACUGUAUAUUCACAGGAACUCAGCAAGUCGGAAUUGGGAACUGUACCGGCAAUUCGGUUUUGAUAGGUGUUCCUUGCGAUACUGGGGUUGGUGUUACACAAGGAUUAUGCUUAUUACUGUUGUUUCCCCCCUUCCUUUCUCCUUCCAUGUUAGGCAGAUAUGACGUGAUUUCCUCAAGGCACGAUGAUCAUAGCAUGGCAUGUAUGUAUGCAUGAUAGAUACGCGAGAGUCCAUAUUAUACAUCACAUAUAUAGUAUAAAUAAACCCAUCGACUCGGUUCCUGGGUUUGAUCGUCGCUCAAUAAUAUGACGUCGCAUAUCUGAGACACGGUAAAUUAGGACCAUAGGUUCCUAUUCCAUCCACCUACAGCUUCAUCCAUGUCGCUUCUCUCCUCCGCGACCGACAAGGUUUAGAUCAAUGUUAACAAGGCAAAGAAAGAGGUCAGACUGCUAUAACAAAGAAAGGAAAAGAAACACAGAAAAAAACUUAAAAAUCAAAGUUGCCUGCGGAAUAUAUCCCCGUAUACCGUCCCCAUCGACUAGAGUUUGAUGUUAUUUUUUUCCUUUUUUUGGGAAGACGGUACGAGGAAUAAAACCUGGGUCGAGCCAGCCGUGGCGUCGGGACCGUGGGGUGGCGUUAAAGGCUUUACGCCAACAAAAUUGACAGCUUGACAAAGAAAAACACAUGAUGGAUCACAGCGGUUUGUAAGGCUAUGCUUGGUUAUUGAAGCGUCUUUCUUUCUCGAGGAAGGAGACUCAAAGCAAUUUCUGGAGAGUCGGGUCGUACAAA